AUGCUGCUGCAGCUGCGUGACAGCUUCCUGGCCGACCAUCUGGGCAGGAAGGUCCUGGUGCACGCCCAGACGCGCGCCGUUGCGGCCUCCGCCAUCCAGGUGAUUCUCUUCCAGCUGAGCCACACCGCCAAUGCCGAGACCUCGCUGGAGGCGAGCCAGUGGCAGUACCUCGAUAACAAGGGCAGGAAGCACGGUCCCUACCCGCUGUCCAAGAUGGUGAUCUGGGCCGGGAAGAAGGCGUUCCCCAGCGAGACCAUGCCCGUGCAGCACUCGGGCCUGCGCUGCUGGAUCCCGCUGUGGACCCUCAGCAUGGUUGCGGGCCAGGCUGCAGAGGCAGGCGCAUCGGAGGAGGAGGCCAUGGACUGGGAGUCCAUGGCCGCUGAGCUGAAGAAGGAGCGCUCGGCGGGCCGCCUGCUGCUAGCGCUGGCCGCCGCCGCCGACCCGCCCUCGGCUGCCCGCGAGUCGCGGUCGCUGGAGGUGCAGGCCCUGGUGCCCUGGAUCGUGCUGAACGAGCUGGACCGGCUCAAGUCCAGCCCCGACGGGGGCAAGGCCGCGGCGGCGGCACAUGCGCUGCAGCGCCUGCGCCUGCUGCUCAUGACCCGGGACGCCGGCAUCCGGGGCCAGACGGCGGCCGAGCACGCCGCCGCCAUGGCGGCUGCGGGGGAGGCGGGGGCCGGCGCAAAGGACAGCAUCAGCAACGACACCGCCAUCAUCCAGAGCUGCCUGUACUAUGCAUCCCAGCUGUCGUUGAGUUGCCAGGAGAACGCUCGAGUCUUGCUGCUGAGCAAUGAUGUGGGCCUGGGGGUGCGGGCAGGCGUCAGUGGCGUCCUCUGCUUCACCGCAACACGCUUCCCGCGGAGUCGGCAUGCUCUACUCCAGGUACUCGACGGGCAUGGCCCGCCGGCCCCCGCUGCCGAGGCGCUCGAGCAGGAAAGGGAGAAGCUGGCGCGCCUGCAGCGGCAGGGGGAGAGGGAGCGGGGCAUGCAGUUCGAUGCCGCCCCGCCCCCGCAGCGGCAAGGUGCGCCGUCGCUGGCGAGCCACGAGUCCACGCUGUCCUCCCGAGCGCUGGAGUCGGCGCACGCCCGGGCGCUGCGCGAGCAGCAGGAGCUGAGUCUGCGGCUGACCAUGCAGGCCGCGCUGCGCGGGUCCGCGGGCUUCAGCUGGGCGGACGACGACGAGUCGCCGUCGGGCGCGGCGGCCAGCGCCGCGCAGCAUGGGUUAGGGGGCCACGCCUCCCUGUUGUCGCAGCAGGCGCAGGCGCUGGCGCACGCAGAGGGGCUUCGCCGCGCCGGCCAGCCGCCGCCGGCUGCCGCCGUCGAGGCGCAGAAGCAGGCGCAGCUGAGGCAGCUCAACAUGCUGCUGCAGGCGAUGCAUCGGGAGCGCAUCGGUGGCGAGGCGACCCCCGCAGCCCCUGCGCAGGCUUCAUAA